AUGCCUUCCUCUAUCACUUCUCACUCUCACCGGAGCACCACAAAAGCCUCCCAAAAGCCCUUCAAGUCUCGCAAAGCCACGAAGAGCGCUAUAAAAGAAAUUCAAAAGGGCAAGGUGCAAGAUUUAUCUCAUCGAAAGACUCCCCAUCAGGCACUCAUGUCCAAAUUCGAUCGUCGAAACCAAGCCCGUCAAAAGCAGCAGGUGAAACACAAGGAACACAUGCGAGAGACGAAUGUAUUUGCUGGUCGAGAUGGAGCACCAAGGAUAGUCGCCGUGGUCCCACUAUGCAAAGAUGGAAAUGCUGCGGCAGCUGUCCGAGCCCUCAGUAGUAGUCUUGAUGUCGAAAUCGAGGUUCCCGAGGAAGGAAUCGUGCGGACCGACAUCGACCGAUUUAAGCAGAAGAUGCAAUAUGUUGUUGCGAAGAGGGAUUUGGUGACAUGCUUGGAUGCGACGAGAACUGCCGAUUUCGUUAUAUUCAUACUCUCCCCGGAUCAAGAAGUCGAUGCGCAAGGAGAGCUUAUUAUUCGUAGCGUUGAAAGUCAAGGCCUCUCCACCCUCCUGACAGUUGUCCAAGGCCUUGACAAGGUUGAACCUGUUAAGAGGCGAACACAAGUUCUUUCUUCGUUGAAAUCCUACAUUACACAUUUCCAUCCGGACCAGGAGAAAGUACACAGUCUAGAUUCGAGACAAGAAUGUGCCAAUUUGAUGCGCUCACUCUGUACGACUACGCCAAAAGGUGUACACUGGAGAGAGGAUAGGAGUUGGAUGCUUGUGGAUGACGUUAAGUGGCCAGAGACCGAGCAGGAAAAUGUCGUGAUCACUGGAAUUGUUAGAGGGAAGGGACUGAAAGCCGAUCGAUUGGUUCAGGUUGGCGACUGGGGAGAUUUUCAGAUUGAAAAGAUCGUUGCUGCACCUUUAGAGUCAAAAAAGCGACGGACGGAUGAUAUGGCAGUAGACGAACCAGAAAAGGUUAUGGAUACUCCAACUGAAGAUCAGGAUGAUCUUGCCGAGUUGAAUCCCGAAGAAGUCAUGAUGGAAGACGAUGUGGAUGCUGCCAUGUCAGUUGCGACUACAGAAAAGCGAGGAGUAUUAUUGGAUGACCACCACUACUUUUCAGACGACGAGACCCAUUUACCAGCGGUUCCUAAACGACUACCAAAAGGAACAUCAGCAUAUCAAGCCGCUUGGUAUUUGGGCGACGAGUACUCGGAUUCUGGCUCUGACUUUGAGGACGUGGAUGAACAGGGCGAUGUUGACAUGCACGCACCAGUACUCCCCCAGGAUGGUGUUGAAGGUUUUGCCCCACGAGAGCCCACCGAGGCCGCUCCUUCAGAAUAUCCACAAUCCGAGAUGUUCCUCGACCCAACACCGGACGAUGAGGCAGAACAGCUUGCGGCUUUUAGAGGCCGAAAGGGUGACGAGGCUGAAGACGAUCGAGAAUUUCCCGAUGAGAUAGAGCUACAUCCCCACGUAUUAGCUCGUGAGCGUUUGGCAAGAUACCGCGGGCUCAAAAGUCUCAGGUCUAGCCACUGGGAGGAAGACGAGGACAAAGCACAUGAGCCAGAGGAGUGGCGCCGACUCCUGCAAAUCUCCAAUUACAAGGCAUCGAAGAGUCAGGUUACUCGUGAAGCUCUAAUUGGCGGAGUUGCUCCAGGAACUCGAGUCCAUGUGUACCUCCGCAAUGUUCCUCUGUCGCUAAAAUCCUCUUACAACCCCUCCACCCCACUCAACCUCUUCUCUCUUCUUCGUCAUGAGCACAAGCGGACUGUGGUCAACUUUAAUUUCACCCUCAGCUCCGACUACACAGAGCCAAUCAAAUCAAAACAAGAAAUGAUAAUGCAAUGCGGUCCCCGCCGCUUUGUCAUUAAGCCCUUGUUUUCGGAAGGUGGCAAUACGUCCAACGAUGUUCACAAAUUUGAUCGAUUCCUACACCCAGGGCGUUCAGCUAUAGCAACAUUUGUUGCUCCACUCACAUGGGGAUCUGUCCCAGCUCUGUUUUUCAAGCCCAACACUGAGCUAGGCGCAGAAACCGCCGUGACUCUCCUGGGAACCGGUACCUCUCUACCGCCGUCCUCGAGCCGUGUCAUCGCCAAGCGUAUCAUUGUCACUGGGCACCCGUACAAAAUCCACAAGAGGCUUGUCACGAUCCGGUACAUGUUUUUCAACCGCGAGGACGUAGAGUGGUUCAAGGCCCUGCAGCUAUGGACCAAGCGAGGAAGAAGUGGUUUUAUCAAGGAGAGUUUGGGUACGCACGGAUACUUCAAAGCGACGUUUGAUGGGAAGAUCAAUCCUCAAGACUCGGUCGGAGUUAGUUUGUAUAAGAGAAUGUGGCCUAGGACUGCAGAAGCUUGGAAUCCAUCGAUGGUCUUGACUGGUGGUGAUGUUACGGAUGAUAUGGAGCAGGAGACAGAGCUCUAA